CUGCGGGACGCUGACCUUAUUGGCCGGCUCAGGAACGGGGAGGUGUGGAGAAAAGCCUGAAAAACCAAACAAACUUCCCUUCAGCCCAACGCAGGAACAGAGCCGACGCACGCAGACCUUCUCCAAACCUUUUCUACUCAAAUACAAGAAGCAAACCCCGCGGUCAGAAUGUCUGCAGCCAAGCGUGCCAAAGGAAAGACCACAAAGAAGAGGCCGCAGAGGGCCACGUCCAACGUCUUCGCCAUGUUCGACCAAUCACAGAUCCAGGAGUUCAAAGAGGCCUUCAACAUGAUCGAUCAGAACAGAGACGGGUUCAUCGAUAAAGAGGAUCUACACGACAUGCUAGCCUCUCUGGGGAAGAACCCGUCUGACGAGUACCUGGAGGGAAUGAUGAGUGAAGCUCCAGGUCCCAUCAACUUCACCAUGUUCCUCACCAUGUUUGGAGAACGUCUGAACGGCACGGAUCCUGAAGACGUCAUACGAAACGCCUUCACGUGCUUCGAUGAAGAUGCGUCUGGUUUCAUCCACGAGGACCAUCUCCGCGAGCUGCUGACCACCAUGGGUGACCGCUUCACGGACGAAGAAGUGGACGAGCUGUUCCGCGAGGCGCCAAUCGACAAGAAAGGAAACUUCAACUACGUGGAGUUCACGCGCAUCCUUAAACACGGAGCCAAAGACAAGGACGACAUGUAAAAAAAAAAAAACAGCAGCAAAAUGCAAUGAUAUUGAUGAUUCAACGGUUCUUGUCACUCCGCACUGCAAUGCAUCAGAAAGCACUCAAAAGCAUUUAUUCAUUCAACAGAUUCAUGCUUGCUUUCUUCAUCUGUCCAGAUAAAAUCACAUGAUGAGUGAGUGAGUGUGUGUGUGUGUGUGUGUGUGUGUGUGUGUGUGUGUGUGAGACUGAAGCAGAUGAUUGUGCUCAUUGCAGAUCUACAGAAGCCAUUUUUGAAGUCCGAAAACACUUUAACAUGAAGAAGUUCAAGAUCUUAAGAUCUUCACGAUAUAGUUUUGCUGAUUGCAUGCAUUAGGAUCAAAGUUUGUACAUUUCAGAAUGCGUGCUAGCGAUUAGCAUGGUUUUAAAAAUAAAAACACUCCGCUUUC